AUGAUAUUAAAAUUAAUUAUAGUGCUUUCAAUAGUGUUAAUAACAAAAUCAACCGAUGGUAAUGGCGAAACCAGCACAGAAACAGUGGAUGAAGAGAACUAUAUAUAUAAAAUAGAAAACAUAGAAGCUAACUUCCAAAAACCAAGUAAGACAAAUAACAAUAUUAGACGGCUGAGAUCAAACUUUCAUAACCCCUACGUUAAUUUGAUAUCAGAAAUAAUAGGAACCGGUUUUGGAUCAAAGAAUUUGGAUUUCUUCGACUUUUUGAGAGACAAAUAUCCCUUGCCUGGAGGCCUAAAAACACCUUUACCGGAGUACGAUUUUGUGAUCAUUGGCGCAGGCUCAGCCGGCAGUGUACUAGCUUCGAGGCUUACUGAGAACCGCAACAUAAGCGUACUCCUUAUUGAGACCGGGAAGCCGGAGAUGCUUUUGACUGAUUUACCAGCAAUGGCGCCAUACUUUCAGUCGACUGAUUACGCCUGGCAGUAUUACAUGGAGCACCAACCGGGAGUUUGUAUGGGCAUGAAAAACGAGCGUUGUUUUUGGCCUCGAGGUAACGCUGUUGGAGGUUCGAGUGUUAUUAACUACAUGAUUUACACACACGGCAGACCUCAAGACUGGGACCGCAUUGCAGCCAACGGCAACUACGGGUGGUAA